GUUUAAAAAGAUUUCGUUACUUUCUUUGAAACAGACAGGAAAAUCCUUCAAAAUAUGUCAAACUGGAGAAGAAAAUGAGUACUAGAGAUUUGCUGGAUACUUCGUUCACCCAGAAACGCCAGAGACGCGCAUCUACAACGAUGUUCCAAGAGACAUGGACACCAACUCAACCCCAGCCAGCGUACAGCCCAAUGUCUCCACCGGACGUCCCUCUGUCAACUCAACCCCCGCCAGCGUACAGUCCAGUGUCUCCACCGGACGUCCCUCUGUCAACUCAAUCCCCGCCAGCGUACAGUCCAGUGUCUCCACCGGACGUCCCUCUGUCAACCCAAUCCCCGCCAGCGUACAGUCCAGUGUCUCCACCGGACGUCCCUCUGUCAACCCAACCCCCGCCAACGUACAGUCCAGUGUCUCCACCGGACGUCCCUCUGUCAACCCAAUUCCUGCCAGCGUACAGUCCAGUGUCUCCACCGGACGUCCCUCUGUCAACCCAAUCCCCGCCAGCGUGCAGUCCAGUGUCUCCACCAGACGUCCCUCUGUCAACUCAACCCCUGUCAGCGUACAGCCCAAUGUCUCCAACGAUCGUCCCUCUGUCAACCCAAACUCAAACCUCGGGAUUUACGCCGAUUGAAGCACCGGGGUUCUGGAAUAAACCCAUCCAGUUUCCUCUUAAAGAGGAACUGGAUGCCCUAAAUGAACUUGUGGACAAUGUCCGAAUGGACCUUCUACAGACAUCUAUGUUGGUGAAUUAUAUUCAGGACUUCAUGAAAAAAUUUCAAUAUUGACAUUGAAACAUGUGCACCAGGUGUUUGAAUAGAACCCACCUAGGUUUUGAAUGCCCUUAACGAACUUGUGGACAAUAUCCGAAUGGACCUGUUACAAACCUCUAUUUUGGUGAAUUAUAUUUAGGACUUCAUGAAAAUUUUCAAUAUCAACAUUGAAACACUAGGUGUUUGAAUAGAACCCAACUAGUUUUUUUUAAUGCUCGGGUAUUUAUACACUGGAUGAAAAUUUAGACAUACAGUACCCAAAUGGAUCUUUUACAAACCUCAGUGUUAGUGAAUUACAAAUAGGACCUUCAUAAAAUAAAAUUCAACCAUAUUCUUACUGUACAGGGUGUAAUUAAAUA